GACAAGAGAGAAAUACAGAGAAUUUCCUCCCAAAUAAUUCUUUCAUGGUAUCAGAGCCUAAACCCUAGAAAUAUUCUGCGACUACUGUUCACGAUCGCCCGGCAUGGCGUCCAUCGAUCGUUGCUCAGUUUUAGUCGGUUGUUGCUGUUUCCGGAGAACGGAACGGUCGACCGUUGCUCUAGAACGGUCGAGCACGUCGACCGUCCCGUCGGCAGACUGUUUGAUUGAUGCUGCUGUUGAUUCUUCUGCCACCGCCGUACGCCACUCUGCUACCGCCAUGGCCGAUGAACAACCAAGGAAGAUGUUUUUGUCCCUGUCAUCGUGUGUUUCUAGUAUGAAGCUUUCAGGUGCAUCUCUUGAUACAGGAAGUACAAAUGAGCAUCCUAAACCAACAUGUAGACUUAGCUCCAUUCUCUUCCAAAGUUAUGCCAAACACCUCAAGCGCCCCAUCAUGAUAUCAGUGUCGAAGAGAGUCAACUUUGAGAUCUUUGAACUUGGACUUGCUAGAGACAAGCUGCAGAACAGUGGAGGCACAACUCAAAAUCUGAAGGCCCUUGAUUCUGAAACUGAGAGGCACAACUCUCUGUUGAAUGGGAAAAUAAUGCUUUUGAUUGUAGACAACAUCACUCCCAGGUUCAGAGAUGAAAUAGGAAGAUGAGAGGUUAUUAAUUAGAUGCCAAUCAUCAACAUCAACUUUUAUAAUCAAACACUGUGCAAGUC